UGGAUGCGAAUGGGAACGGGAAGCGUGAUCUUCCUCAAAUAGUUCUACACCGACAAUUUAUCAGUACUGAAGUGAGUAAAUGCUUUGUCAACUAAGUGUGAAAACCUGGCAAGAAUAAAUAACGAUAAACGUCGUGAAGUUCAGGCUGUUUCUAACUUUCUUGACAAAAGCAUAUACUACAGACUACUGUUUAAUGCCCGAGUGUCACAAUCUGUUUAUCAAAGUGCACGAUACGUUGAACAACGUCGCAUAUCCUUUACCGAACAAUAAUUGUUAAAAUGAAUAAUCACGAUAUGGAAACGUCUACAUCUGCAGACUUAGACUUUGUUUACGACGAUGCGGACACACAUGCUAAUGAAAUUGCUGAAUUGUACAGCUAUACAGAGCAAUAUGAAUUACACGAUAACCUUACAGCUUUCGAAGAACAAAUGGAGUGGUAUAAAUUACGACCUUGGUGGCAAAAUUUGACAGAGGCACAACAGAAAUCAGUAAUUCACAAACUGUUAGACCAAUUAGAGGUUUCCAAUAAACGACUGAGAAUGAAAGCAGCGCUGUGUAUAUUAUAUUUAGCGCAAGGUUGCUGGGCUGAAGUACAGUCUGACAAAGAGCAACAAGAGUGGACUAGAACAAAUGUAAUGUUAUUGUAUGAAGCUGGAGUUUUUUCAGCAUUUGUUGAACUUCUUAAUAUUGAAAUUGAGAACAGUACAAAGGCUGCCUCCGCAAUGAGGAAAAUUGCUGUUAGUCUCGACGAUUCUAUCGAUUUAAGGGUAAUUUUAUCUGUUUUAUACAUUAUAACAGAGGUGAUGAGGGAAGAGAUGAAGAAUUUAGAACACAGUAUUUUUAAGAAUAAUGUUGAAUGUUUUAAAGAAGAUCUAAUAAAUCCGUACGGCGAAGAGUUGCUGAUAGUUAAACUCCUCGGUAUGGUCACGUGUUUUUGUAGCGGAUCAGUGCCGCACUUUCCUAUGAAAAAAGUUCUUUUGCUCCUGUGGAAAUUGGUCUUGCUAUCCCUCGGUGGUAUUGACACGCUUAGGCAACUGAAAAAACAAUAUCGCGAAGAAGCUGGUCUUGAUACACUACAGGAAGACACAAUAGAAGUUGCUAAAACUAUGAGAGCUAGCUCUCCUCCCAUUCAUGCAGCAGAUUUACUUGAGAAUCAAAAUCAGAAAAAAAAUAAUAGAUACCGCCGGCAAUAUCUGUUGAAACAAAGCUCAUUGGAUGAGCCAAAUUCCAUGCUCUUGGGUAUGGAAUUCGAUGCCGCAGAUAUAGUGAACAGUGGUACAAAUAAUGAAGCGGAAGGCGAAAUGAAUGUAUUUAUGGAUCAAUCUCGCUGGAAGGAAACUUGUUACGAAGAUCAAAAUAAUCAAACGCAAAUGAGGCCUAGUACCCCACAGCUUACUAAAGGAAAAUGCUUACCAUGGACACCAAAGGUGAGACAAAAGGAUGUGGACACCUUCCUCGACGUAUUGAGACUAAAAUUUGUUGGGUACAAAUUACAAGGAGAUAGAGAAAGUUUAGCAGGGUUGCCACAACCAAUACACGAAGGCGUUAAUACACUUAAACGACACAUGUACACAUCGUUAGCUGAAGUCCAAAUACAAAAAGAGGAAGAAAUAGCUAGAAACCCUAUGAGUACCCCGGAACCACCAAUUCGCCAAACACCUACAGAAAUUUUGUAUCAAGCUAUAUUACCAAAUCUUCCACAAUACAUGAUUGCUUUAUUAAAAAUUUUACUCGCUGCCGCACCAAUUACGAAAGCUUCGACAGACAAUACUAACAUAGUGGCUGAUGUUCUGCCGGGACAAAUGCCCAUGACGGUUUUACAAUCUAUGAAACUUAGUAUCGAUGUAAACAGACAUAAAGAAAUUAUCGCUAAAGCAGUUUCUGCAAUUCUGCUACUUUUGCUGAAACAUUUCAAGCUGAAUCACGUGUAUCAGUUCGAAUUCAUGUCACAACACUUAGUAUUUGCUAACUGCAUACCAUUGGUUUUGAAAUUUUUAAAUCAGAAUAUUAUAGCUUACAUUGAAGCCAAGCAUGUUAUUCCUAUUUUGGACUUUCCUAUGUGUGUUAUUGGUGAUCAACCAGAGUUGACCAUAGAAAAUCUUGAGAUCGGGGACAGUCAAGCGUAUUCUUGGAGAAAUGUUUUUACUUGUAUUAAUUUAUUACGUAUUCUUAACAAACUGACCAAAUGGAAGCAUAGUAGAAUUAUGAUGCUGGUCGUCUUUAAAUCGGCGCCGAUAUUAAAGCGCACGCUAAAAGUUAGACACGCGAUGAUGCAAUUAUAUGUUCUAAAAUUACUAAAAAUGCAAACGAAAUACUUAGGACGACAGUGGCGAAAAACUAAUAUGAAAACAAUCAGUGUAAUUUAUACGAAAGUCAGACAUCGCUUGAACGAUGAUUGGGCUUAUGGCAAUGAUAUCGAAGCACGACCAUGGGAUUUCCAAGUGGAAGAAUGCGAAUUGCGUACAUGCGUUGAUCAGUUUAACAAUCGCCGGUAUUCGAAUGCUACCGAAGACAAGGAUUUGGAGCCCGUUGACACGUCUGUCGUAUCAGUACUCGGAGUAAACGUUAAACUAAGUGACGAGUUUAAGCAACAUUACGAAUUAUGGUUGCAGCAAGAAGUAUUUCAGAGAAGUAUUAAUUGGGACGAAUUGUUAGAUCCUGCAUCGUGCGAAAUUUAAACUUUUAAUAAGUGUAAUAUAUAUUAAAAUCGUAUUUUCAUCAACUUAUAGACCUCGAUCAAAUUUUUUUGAUGUUUUUAUAUACUAUUGUGAAGUGAUUAAAAAAAAAAAAGAAAGAGAAAGAAACAUUGUCAUAUCGAUACAUCAAAAACUGUAUUUGCAUUUGAUUUGUACACACCGAACUGUGAAUGGUCCUAAUCUAGCAGACGUUUAAUGAAAAGACGUGAAAAAAAACGACUGUUUGCAUGAUUACGUGUAAUUUUUUUUUAUCUUUGCGUGUAUUUAAUUUGUGGAAUGUGUAUUACUUGUAGCAAUAUUUUACUAUUAUAUAGUUAUAAGUGGAUAUAUAACCACCUCUUUACGUAUUUAUGAAGGACUAGGAUAAGUUUAUUCAAAUGUAUCAUUCAUACUGUUCGCACUUUAUCGGCUAAGUUUCUGUAAAUUAAUUUUUAACAAUGUAACAAGCAAUCUGCGAAUCGCGUACCAAUUUCAACUUCUCGUAUUUUGAAUAAUUUUUAUAUAUACUCGAUUUUUUCAUU